UAGAGACGUUGAAGAUGCAAAGUCCUGCUGGGAAAACAUCUAAUGUCACAUUCCUGGACACCAAACACACACCUGGAUCUAGAGGGAGUCCAACCAAAGAACUUUAACUGGACUGCUUUUCCUUUAAGGUGCGCAUCCCUGCAUCCCCGUCAGUGUCAGUCAUGGUCACCUUAGGUGCAAACAGCACAGAUCCCUGGACUAUGAGCAACACUUCACUCCCCACACGUGCAAAUGUCUCCAGUUUCAGCAACAAAAGUGGCAUGGAAGCGUAUCUUCAAAUGCUGGCUCAUUUGGACGAAGGACUUUAUAACGACUUCUAUGGACUUUGGAUAGCGCUGAUGGUCGUCAACUCCCUCAUAUUCCUGGUGGGCAUGGUGCUCAACACGUUGGCCCUUUAUGUGUUCUGUUUCCGCACCAAGCAAAAGAGCACGUCUGUGAUCUACACCAUCAACCUGGCCGUGACUGACCUGCUGGUCAAUCUCUCUCUGCCUACGCGUAUCCUGCUUUACUACAGCAGAGGAGCUUGCCUCACCUGCUCCUACUUGCACAUCUUCAGCUACUUUGUCAACAUGUACUGCAGCAUCCUCUUCCUCACCUGCAUAUGUGUGGACCGCUACCUGGCCAUUGUUCAAGUUGAAGCAUCCCGUCGGUGGCGUAACCCCGGCGUGGCCAAAUGUGUGUGUGUCUCAGUGUGGCUGUUCGCCAUUGUGGUCACCUACUCCUUCCUGUCCACAGCCUUCCAGCAAACAGGCUGCUGCCUCUCCAAGCUCCUUUUCCUCACCAUAACAGAGUUCUUUCUACCCCUCAUCAUCAUCGUGGUGUUCACCCUGCGGAUCGUGUGGGCGCUGGCGGACCGCUGCCUGAUGCAGCAGAGCAGGAAAAGAAGAAAGCGGGCCGUCCAACUGCUGACCACAGUGCUGAUCAUCUUCACAGUGUGCUUCACACCCUUCCACAUACGGCAGGUGGUGGUGUACAUCUACCCCGAUUUGCCUCACCACGCCAUAGUCUACCAUUUGACCGUCACUCUCAGCAGUCUCAACAGCUGCAUGGAUCCAGUGGUCUACUGCUUUGUCACUAACAAUUUCCAGGCAACUAUGAGAAAUAUUUUUCGGCGUGCAGAGGCAGAGCAAAGCAGCGGGGACAUCAUAAGCAUGCAACACAGCUCUAAGGCCUCAGGAGGGCCCGCUACUCCAGUCCCUAAUAAUGUCAUCAUGAUGAGGGUGAUUCCCUCCUCACCUCGGAAAGAUUUGCACAAAAGUACUCUUCACAGUAAAUCCACCAUCACACCAGCAAUUUGAAGCGGGGGCAGUUUUGGACAAAGAUGAACAAAUGCAACCAUCCAUUUUCAGUGCUCCUUGUGAGCUGGACCCCAUCACAGCUGACUUGGGUUUACAUUCACUCCUACAAGCCUACCAUGCAGCGUACUGGAAUACCAGGAGAAAACCCACGCAAGCAUGGGGACAAAAUGCAAACUCCACAAUUUUCCUGAA